AUGGCUGGAAAGAAGGUUAAGUUUGCACUGAUUUCUAAUGAAUCAGCUAGGACCACUUUCAAGAAAAGGAAGAAUGGUUUAAUGAAGAAUGUGAGUGAACUUAGCACCCUAUGUGGUGUCAGUGCUUGUGCCAUCAUUUACAGUCUCUAUGGUAAAUGUCUAGACGUUUGGCCCUCCAUAUCCGAUGCCCAACGGGUGCUUGCAAGGUUUGAACCAGGAGGGAUUCCUUUGGUAAAGGAUAUCCACUUUGAAGGAGCAGCUGUAGCAGAAAGAGAAAGAGAAUCAAGGACAUGA